AUGUCUGAAAACAUUUUUUCAUAUAAGAGUAAACAAACAAAAAUUUUUGAUACCAGUAACGAGAAUAUCAAGGUAACAGUCGAAGGGAUAAAUGGUGAUAUCGUGAGGAUUUUUCUUGUAGAUAAAAAUGAUAAGCCAUAUGAGUCGAUGGAUGUAGUUUUUAUGAAUUUAUCUGUGGAUGAUAAGCAAAUUUUUAUGCUAAAACAACGAAAAGAGCAAAUUGGAGCAAUUG